CUCCUUUCACCUUUUUGCAUUUUUUACGUGAAAACAUCAAAGCCAUCUUUGAGGCUGCGACGGUGCUGAUUCUCUCUCCGGCGAAAUUUCUCUCCCCGGCCAGAUUCCUUAUCGUAGUAUUCAGGCUAGAAGAAACAAUUCCUUUGGCUGAAGUUUUGAACACAUAGAAGACGAUGUUUGGUUCAUCUAAUCCUUUUGGACAGGCAUCUAACAGCAGUCCAUUUGGGACUCAAACUCAAUCUGUGUUUGGUCAGACCAAUAACGCGAGUAGUAAUCCCUUUGCUCCGAAACCGUUUGGUACGUCUAAUCCUUUUGGCGCACAGACAGGGAGUUCCAUGUUUGGGGGCACUUCAACCGGUGUGUUUGGUGCUCCUCAAACUUCCUCCCCUUUUGGUGCUACAUCACAAGGGUUUGGGAGCUCUACUCUUGCUUUUGGAGCAUCUUCUGCUCCUGCAUUUGGCAGUUCGUCUUCACCUUUUGGUGGCACUUCUACUUUUGGACAGAAGUCUUUUGGCUUCUCAGCGCCUCAGUCAAGUCCUUUCGGAAGCACGACACAGCAAUCACAGCCUGCAUUUGGAAACAACACUUUUGGCUCAUCUACACCUUUUGGUGCCUCCAACACGCCUGCCUUUGGCGCAUCAAACACUUUUGGCUCAUCUACACCUUUUGGUGCCUCCAAUACGCAUGCCUUUGGUUCCUCCAGUACGCCUGCAUUUGGUUCUUCCAGCACGCCUGCCUUUGGCGCAUCAAAUACGCCUGCAUUUGGCGCAUCAAACACACCUGCCUUCGGUGCAUCAAGCACUCCUUCAUUCGGCGCUUCGAGCUCACCUGCAUUUGGCACAUCACCCACUCCUGCCUUUAGAAACAAUGCUUUUGGUGCAUCAAGCACUCCAUCUUUUAGUUUUGGCUCUUCCCCAGCUUUUGGGCAGUCUACCUCAGCAUUUGGCAGUGGUUCCUUUGCUUCUACGCCAUCUUCCUUUGGAGCUCAAGGUGCACAGGCUUUUGGGGCUCAACAAGGAGGUAGUAGGGUCAUGCCUUAUGUAUCUACAACUGAUGCAGACUCGGCCAGUGGUACCCAGCUUCCUGGGAAACUGAAAUCGAUAUCUGCCAUGCCUGUACACAAAAAUAAAAACCAUGAGGAGCUUAGGUGGGAGGACUACCAACGAGGAGAUAAAGGUGGACAACUUCCGGCUGCUCAAUCUGGUGUAAUAACUUCUCAGCCAAGUAUAUUCUCUCAGUCAUCAGCGUUUGGUCAGCCAUCUGCAAAUCCAACAAACCCCUUUUCACCAGCGUUUAGUCAGCCAUCUGCUAAUCCAACAAACCCCUUUUCAAGCUCAGUAGCCACAAACUCUUUCGCCCAGAAGACUCCAACAGCUACCACAAGUUUUUCGUCACCCUUUGGUCCAAGCACUACUCCAUCCAUGUUUGCAUCAACUUCAUCAACUACCACAUCGGUAUUUGGACCAUCCCCUGUUUUUUCAACAACCACAAGUCAGCCAUUUGCUUCAUCAAGCUCUCCUGGAUUUGGCCCUUCUCCAUCAAUGGUUGCUUCAACUCCAGCAUUUAGCACUGCUGGAAAUUUUAACAACAGCCAGUCAUCUUCGCUGUUUAGCUCAACCCAAUUUAGACAGGGUGGUUCAGUGUUUAGUCAGCCUAGCUCUGGGUCUGCACAGACUAGUUUUUCAUUUGGACCAGCUAGUUCUGCGUUUGCACAGAACACCAAUCAUGCGUUCCCCCAAACUAACAAUUGUAGUACACCUUCCACUGGAUUCGCGAACCAGUUUACAAUCUCGCCAUCCUUAACUACAAGCAUCUCUCCUUUUGGUCAACCAACGCCUCCUGGUUCGACCUCCUACCAACCAAAUCAACCACCUCAGCCAUCAAGUGCUUUUAGUUUCAACAACUUUGGUCAACCCCAAACAGCUAAUACAAAUGGGCUUCCAGGUGGAAUGGGAACUUUUAGUCAAGGCAACUCUGGGCCUGCGACGGCUAACGCUAGUGUUAUGCAACCAAACCCUGUUGCAAACCCAUUUGGAACGCUUCCUGCUUCACCUAAGCUUUCAAUUGCUCAAGGUGGACAUUCACCUUCGAUUCAGUAUGGAAUCUCCAGCAUGCCUGUCGUUGAUAAACCUGCUCCUGCUAGAGUAUCACCACUCUUGACUUCUCGACACCUUUUACAGAGGCGGGUCAAGCUACCUGCAAGAAAAUACCGUCCUGGCGAUGAUGGUCCAAAGGUUCCAUUUUUCAGUAUCGAACAAGAGAACUCGAAUACACCUAAGGCUGAUGCGUUUUUCAUUCCAAGGGAAAACCCUAGAGCCUUGUUUCUACGCCCAGUUGAAAAGGAAAAAUCAGCUCCGCCAAAAGAUGGCCCGACACCACUGCAAGAGAAUGGUAAGAGUUCAAAUGGUUUUACAAAUGGAGCCAACCAUGAUGAGAGUAAGGACAACGGUGAAAUUUGUGAUGCUCUUCCGGUCAAAGCCAAUCAGAAACCGAACAAGACAUGUGAAAAUCAUGGAGGCGACAAAAACGUCUCGAACAGUUCACCAAGUGGAGCAGAUAUUGGGUCAUUGUUGCCAAAGCUGCACCACGCCGAGUAUUUCACACAGCCUCGGAUCAAAGAAUUAGCUGCAAAGGAAAGGGUUAACCCGGGUUAUUGCAGGCGGGUAAAGGACUUCGUCGUUGGAAGACACGGUUACGGUACUAUAAAGUUCCUAGGAGAGACUGAUGUGCGUAAGCUGGACCUGGAAAUGGUUGUUCAGUUCAGUAACAGGGAAGUGGUUGUGUACAUGGACGAGAGCAAAAAACCACCGGUUGGUCAAGGAUUGAACAAGCCUGCGGAAGUGACUCUGCUGAAUAUAAAAUGCAUAGACAAAAAGAGCGGGAAGCAAGUGAAGGAAGGCCCGAGGGUGGACAAGUAUAAAGAAAUGCUCAAGAGGAAAGCUGAGGAACAAGGAGCUAAGUUUGUGUCUUUUGAUGCUGUUAAUGGCGAAUGGAAGUUUAGAGUUGAGCAUUUCAGUUCUUACAAGCCUGGUGAUGUAGAUGACGAGUAGAAAGUUCUUGAAGGUCGUUGUCAUCCUUUAUUUUUGGGGUUUUGGAAAGGGACGAGUUUGGGAUGGUGCACACUAUAUAGACUAUUUUGUGGGUUUCUCUGUUAGUUUGUCUUUUGCUAUAUAAUGUGAAAAAAAUAUUAGUCUUUUGCUUUUACCUUAACGCCGUAACCUCUUUUUAUCCAGAAAAAAAGUUAGUUUGUUCUUGGAUUAAUAAU